UUAGAGAAAAUAUAAUUUUUUGAAAUUUUUUGUCAUGAUAUUUUUAUAUAAACGCGCACAAAAUAAAAUCGAUAGUAAUCACGGAUAAAAUAAAUAAACGUACCAAUGCUAUUCCAAACAUUUCCAGCAAUGUACAGUUCAACAAUAAUCGAAUAUGAGGAUAAUAAAAAUCGAAAGUUAGUGCAGUUAAAAAUGGAAAAUGGCAGGAAUUCGAUUCUCAAUCAACCACCAAAGCAUAUGCCAGCGGAACAACCAUUAAUUUGGCUUAAUAUCAUUGCCAUCACCGUUCUACAUGUCACCGCAAUCUACGUGUUUGUUACCCGAUAUCACGAGGCCAAAUUUUGGACCUGGAUAUGGAAUAUCUUCCAUACAUACGCAUCUGGUUUCGGCAUAACAGCUGGUCUACAUCGUCUUUGGGCACAUAGAAGCUAUCGUGCUAAAUUGCAACUUAAAAUAUUACUUAUUUUUCUUUACUGUAUGGCUGGUCAAACUCCACCAUCUAAAUGGCUUCGUGUUCAUCGAACACAUCAUAGAUAUACAGAUACAUGUGCGGAUCCACAUAACGCUAAUCGUGGUUUCUUCUUUUCGCAUAUAGGCUGGUUAAUGAUGAAGCAUCAUCCAGCAGUCAAAGAGUAUGGUAAAAAUGUGGAUAUGAGUGAUAUUUAUGCUGAUCCUGUGAUACGUUUUGCCGAUAAAUAUUACUCACUGAUUAUGGUGCCACUGUGCUUUGUCCUGCCGGCUAUAAUACCAGUUUACGUAUGGAAUGAAACAUGGUUUUUAAGCAUAAGCAGUGUGAUCGUCCGCUACGUAAUUGCAUUGAAUGUAACUUUCUCUGUCAACAGUUUCGCUCACAUGUGGGGCAAUAAACCGUACAAUAGUACUGUUAAGCCAACGGAGAAUCCCACAGUGUCCUUCUUUGCUAUGGGCGAAGGUUGGCACAAUUACCAUCAUAGCUUUCCGUGGGACUACAAGGCUGCGGAACUUGGCCUCUAUCGUCUCAAUAUCUCUACCGCUUUUAUAGAUUUCAUGGCUUGGUUGGGAUGGGCGUAUGAUUUAAAGACAUCAAACGCCAAGAUCAUUGACAGAUUAUGUGCGAAUAAAGGUGAUGGUACGAGAAAUAGAAAAAUUAUUCCUGGGAUACCACAUGUUGAUCAAUAAGAAGAAAGUAAAAGAAAAUAAAAGAAUAAGAAAGUGCACCAAACUUAUACAUGCCAUUUUAGGCUAAAUUUUUUCAUAGCCUGGAAGAUGUACAAUGUUAAUAUAUUAUUGUUAAUGUGUUGUAGUUUAAGCCCUUUUUUAAACAUGAUAUAAUAAAUAUAAUUUUGAUCAUUAUUUUUUUUAUUAGAGUCAGUAUAAUUAUAUUUUGAUAUAUUCUAAAAAAAAUCUCUGCAUUUUGUGAUAUCAUUACGUGUAAUAAAUUUGUGUAUAAAUAAGUGUAUUUUAAGAUACCAUAUUUGAUAGAAAGUUUUGCACUUGUUUACACGCAAAUUAUUUUGAAUAUGUAUUAUAUGUCAACGUAACGAAUUCGGUAGAAUGUAGAUUUUUAUUUUGAGAUGCGUGUUAUAAUCAAAGUAAAAUAUUUUGUGUCUUUUCAUAAAAAAAUUCAGAAAGCGUUUAUAUUAUUAUUAUUUAUAACACUGUAUAUUAAUAACGUGUAUUUUGUGUGCGUGCGUGUGUGUGUGUGUGUGUGUGUGUGUGUGGGUGAAAGAAAGUGGGGGGAACAAAUUACACAAAUUUGUUGGCCUUUAAACAAUGCUAAAAAUCGAGAUGAUUUCUAAAAUAAAAGUACGUAAAGUUGAAGCAAUUAACAUUUUAAUCAAACAUUUAGAAAAAUUAUUUCAAAAAUUAAAUUUAAAUUAAUAAAAGUUUGAACUUAUAAAAAGAUAGUUUAAACUUUAAAUUACCGUUGCUCCUAUCUUUCUGUGUAUUGACUGACAUGAGAAACGUGAGACCGAUUUUUAUAAAUUAUAUAGCAUUCUAUACUGACUAUACUUUCUUUUUGCUUUUUACUAAAUAAAUAAUUAUAACCUUUUUCUCUUGUCUUUCCAUCCCGGUCCUUCUUUACAUUUGAAUAAAUAGAACAAUGCUACCAGUCAUUCUAUGUAUGAACAUUGUAUCUUUGAAUUAAAGGAAUUCUAGAACAUGGCGCGGAAUGUAUACUUUAUCAUGAGCUGGAUAUUUCUGCUUUUGAUAGAUUGGAUUAUCCUCGAAUUUUCAUGGAUGAUAUACGUUGCUUAAUUACGUUCGUUGGAAUUAUAUUAAUAAUUUCUCAUACGUGAAAUAUAUGGCAUAUAUAUGGAAAUUUGCAGAAUCAGCGGAAAUAUAUUGAUAUUUUAGAGUAUGUUUUCAGGGAUAUAAAGAGCAAUAUAGAUAAAUAAAGGACCGAUUAUGUAUUCUAUUACACAAUUAAAUAAAUUUAUCGUCAAAUGAUAUGUAAUAGCUUUUAAUGACGUUAUAGGAUUUCAAUUGUUAACAUAUAAAUAUAUGUAUGUAUACAUAUAUAUGUGUGUUACAAUUGAUAUCAAAUAAAUUAUGUUUAUUAAUAUCUAACACAAUUUAACAUAUUAAUAUUUA